AUGAAGCUUCUAGUAAUUGUUUGCGCCCUAAUUGCAGUGUGCAGUAGUGCACCACCAUCUAUAAUACCGGGUGACAAUAGUCACUAUGUGGAGGGUGAAAGUCGUUAUGUCUGGAUACCCGAUGGAGAGGGUGUACCUCACUUGGUAGAUCUGGAGGAACCAAUCGAUGAAGAUGUCUUAAAUGGCAGAAAUGGCGCAAACAAUCAAUAUUGGCUGUUCACGAGACGCAAUCCCAGAAAUGCUCAAAUUCUUCGCAACGGUAACGCUGGAUCAGUUACUGGCUCCAACUAUAAUCGCAACCUACCUCUAAAGGUCAUUGUCCACGGUUGGAACAGCGACGGCAAUUCCAACAUUAACCCUGUUAUCACAUCAGCUUUCUUAGCUGUUCAAGACUGCAACGUGAUUGUCGUGGACUGGCGUGAUUUAGCCAAUCGGAACUACGUCACUGCUGCUAAUGGAGUACCCGGCGUUGGCCAGUUCCUUGGCAACUUCUUGAUUUGGCUCAUCAACACUGCGGGUGGAAACUGGAACAAUGUCCACUUGGUCGGCUUCAGUUUGGGCGCUCACGUCGUAGGCAACGCUGGACGCACCGCUGGACGCAGGCCCAGACGUGUUACAGGUCUCGAUCCUGCUGGUCCCAGGUGGGGCGGCAAUUCAGAUGCCCUGAACCGCAACGCUGGAGGAUACGUUGAAUGCAUUCACACCGAUGGUGGACUCUUGGGCAUCUUUGACCCGAUUGGUCACGCUGACUUUUAUCCCAACGGUGGUCGGAACGCUCAACCAGGAUGCUGGGUCAGCACUUGCUCCCACAGCCGUGCAUACGAUCUCUUCGCUUCCACUGUACGAACUAAUCAUUUGAUUGGAAGACGGUGCAACAAUUUGAAUGAAGCUAGGAAUGUGCAAUGUUCUGGUGCCAUUCAUAACAUGGGCAAUGCAAAUUUGAAUAAAUCUGGAUCUGGCCUCUACGGUCUACGAACUGGCGACAGAUGGCCGUACUAAACUGAUGACCUUUCUAUGAUAAUAA